AUGUCCUCAACGGAAACUACAUUGCAGCAUUUCUGUAAAUUACUACAGAAAAUACCAACUCUUCCUGUUUCUGAGCUUUGGUCCCCUCGGUGGUACCUCGGCUUGCUCCUCCGCUGCGUUGUUCAACCGAUUACUCCAGCUGAACAAGAUGCAAUGCCCAAGAAUGUACCUCUCCGAUGCAUCGUGUCAGAUCUCUGCAAGUGGGACAAAACCUUUGGAUGUCUUACUCCGUUGCCCAACAAUAGAUCCUCAUCCACCGCCCUUCGUGCAAUCCGAAAGGGUCUUUUCCCAAGCCGACGAACAGUUCAUGCUACUCUGUAG